AUGGCUUCGUAUGUUCAGCUCGCGUCAACUUGUGUUUCGCUUCUUUUGAAUCUAUUUCUGUGUUGGCUGAUCUGGAAAAAGUCUCCGAACAAGAUGGGGAGCUACAAGCAGCUGAUGGUUACAUCAGUUUUUGAGAUGUAUUACGCAAUGUUGGAUGGCGCAGCGGAUGUGACCGUCUUUGCUCAUGGAUUCGCAGUUGUGGUAUUCCGUGAGUACCUGCCAAAUUCAUGGGUUCCUUCUAUUGUCUCAAUGGCUCUGGUCAUCGCAUAUUGCGUCACUUUUGGAAUGUGCAUGGCCAUCCUAGCUUCCCAUUUUAUGUACCGAUACAGUGUCACUGAUAGCACAUUUCACCAUUGCUACCUUUCCGGCAAAAAGUACUAUCUACUAUUCAUGGCUCCUUUUGUAUACGCGAUAUGGUGGACAUCCGCUCUCCUAUAUGGGUAUUCGCCCAACGCGGAAUCAGAUGAAUAUCUGAAGGCUAGAUUUUUGGAUACUUUUGAUCUACGGCUAGAUCAAAUUUCUUAUGUGAGCCCCAAGUUUUAUAGAUACGACAGCCAAGGAUCCCUCUUUAAUUCAUCUGCAUGGAUAGCUGUGGCGAAUUGUCUGAUGAUGGUGACAUCAUCAAUUUUUUUUGUUCUUUACCUUGGCUCGAAAUGCUACUUAAACAUCAGAAAACACCUGAGUCUGCAGUCAGAAACCUCAAAGUUCUCAGCUAAUCUCCAGAAGCAAAUUUUUAACGCGUUGGUUAUCCAAACUAUAAUUCCAGUCGUACUUAUGUAUCUGCUGAUAUUGGUGUUCUUUUUGUGUCCCAUGAUUAAUGUGAAUUUGGGAUAUUCGAGCAGAUUUGUGUCCGAUAUGGUAGCGUUGUACCCGGUUAUUGAUCCAUUACCGAACAUGUUUAUAAUCAAAACCUACAGAAAAGGGAUUAUAGGUAAAAGGAAGGACUUAGAGGAUAGUUGA